AUGAAGCAGACCCAUCACUGUAUUCCCCUGAAGCUGCUGCUUCUCCCACUACUCAUCGUCGUCUCAUUCGAUUUCGCAUCCGUAGGAGGAGGCAGCAGCAGCAGCAACAACUUCACAGACCGGCUCGCCUUACUGGAAUUCAAGAGAGCGAUAACAAAUGGCGGUCUCGAAUCAUGGAACGACUCCUUCCAUUUCUGCAACUGGGUGGGAAUCACAUGUAGCCAGGAACAGAGGGUCACUUCUCUGUCCCUGCCAGGUUACAACCUCAGAGGCGCCCUGUCUCCACACAUUGCCAACUUCAGCUUCCUCCAGACCGUACACCUCACAAACAACAGCCUCCACGGCGAGAUCCCACAACAAUUCGGCAGUCUCCUCCACCUCCGGAUCCUGAAUCUCACCUCGAACUCGAUCGAAGGCGAGAUUCCGGUCAAUCUAACCCGAUGCGCCCAGCUCAGGGAGCUGCGGCUGUCUCACAACCGCCUGACCGGACCGAUCCCGUCCGAAAUCGGGCUCCUGUCGAACCUCAAGGUGAUCAGGAUCGUGACCAACGAACUAACCGGCCCGAUCCCUGCUUCGCUGGGGAACCUGUCGAAGCUGAACAACUUUGGUGCUGCUUACAACCAUCUGGUCGGACCGAUACCUGAAACCGUGGGCCGGCUCUCCCGGUUGAGCGAAUUCGUCGUGGGAGUGAACCAGCUCAACGGCACAAUCCCUCCUUCUCUCUACAAUUUGUCAUCAAUCACUGUCCUAACGUUAAUUUACAACGAAUUUCAAGGGAGGAUCCCAGAGGAUAUUGGGUUCACCCUCCCCAAUCUCCAGAGCUAUGGAGUCUCGUUGAAUUGGAUGUCCGGGCCCAUCCCUACGUCCUUCUGCAACGCUUCGCAACUCCAUGGUCUUAGCUUGAACAAGAACAGCUUCUCCGGGAAAAUCCCGACCUGCUUCGGGAGCCUUCCCAAGCUCUUGUACUUCCACAUGGCGAUCAAUAACCUUGGAGCCAAUUCGUCCGGCGACUUUGAGUUCAUAACAGGGUUGACCAAUUGCAGCCAGCUGCAAGAGUUGGGUGUUACUUCGAACAAUCUAGGCGGGCCGUUGCCCGAUUCCGUGGGCAAUCUGUCGAUUCAGCUCGAUAUGUUGUUUCUCACGGCCAACUCGAUUACAGGAAAUAUUCCUGCAGGGCUUGGGAAUUUGAUCAACUUGAACACGAUAGACCUAUCUCUUAACCUGCUUACUGGAAGAAUUCCAUCUUAUUUCGGCAAGUUUCAGAAAUUACAGGGGAUGUGGAUGGAGGGAAACCAAUUGUCCGGUCGGAUCCCAUCCUCAUUGGGAAACUUGACCCAAUUGAAUCAACUCGACAUUUCUGAUAACCAGCUUGAAGGCGCCAUUCCUCAGAGCCUCGGACGUUGUCGUCGGCUGGGUCAGCUGGAUGUCUCUGCCAACAAGCUUACCGGUGAAAUACCCACCAACAUUUUCAGGCUUUCUUCCCUCUCGGUCAGACUUAACCUGUCAUGGAACUCGUUCGCCGGCCGGGUCCCGGAAGAAAUCGGGCAACUAGUAAAUGUGGAAGCUUUGGAUCUGUCUCACAAUUUUCUAACAAGGGGGAUCCCUGAAGCGAUUGGUGAUUGCAAGAGCCUCAAAGCUCUGUAUCUGCAGGGGAACUCAUUCAGUGGCAGCAUUCCUCUGGGUUUCGCUUCUCUCAGAGCGAUGGAAAGUUUGGAUCUUUCUUCGAAUAAUUUCACCGGAGGAAUUCCUUCUGGUUUGCAAGACAUCCCCACUUUGCAGAAUUUGAAUCUCUCCUUCAAUGAUCUACGAGGCGAGGUCCCGAGUAAAGGGAUCUUCGCAAAUGCGAGUGGCGUAUCUCUAAUGGGAAAUCCCCUGCUUUGCGGUAAUGUCUCGGAGCUUCAUUUGCCGGAUUGCCCUGCUGUAGCAAAAUCCUCCAGGCAUAAAAGAGCUGCAACUGUGAAGCUAUCGUUGGUGAUUGUCUUGGCAUCACUGGCUUUCCUUUUCGUAUCAGGAUUGCUGAUUUGUUUGCAGAUCAAGAGAUCAAAGAAGCGAAUCUCCGUUGGAGAUUCGGCUUUAAACAACUUCGUGAUGGUGUCUUACAAAGACCUCCAUCAAGGAACCAACGGGUUCUCCUCCGAAAACUUGAUCGGAUCCGGCGGCUUUAGCACAAUCUACAAAGGAGUUUUGGAGCAAAUCGAGGCUCCAGUAGCCGUCAAAGUGCUCAACAAUAUUCAAGACAGGAAAGCUCAUAAGAGCUUAUUGGCAGAGUGUAACGCAUUGAGAAAUGUUCGACACAGGAACCUCGUAAGAAUCCUGACCUAUUGCUCUAGCUUGGAUCACAAGGGGAACGAUUUCAAGGCUCUCGUUUUCGAGUUCAUGCCGAAAGGGAACCUAGAAGAGUGGCUUCACUCCUCCGAUCGCGACUUGACCUUGAUUCAGAGGCUUAGCAUUGCGGUAGAUGUGGCAUCGGGACUGCAUUAUCUUCACGAUCUAUGCGAAACUCCGGUCGUUCAUUGCGAUCUGAAACCCAACAAUGUACUCUUGGACUCGGACAUGGUUGCUCGUGUGGGCGAUUUCGGUCUGGCGAGGAUAUUAUUCUCGAGCGAUACUAGCAGCAGCUCGUCGCGAAACGAAAGCAGCACCAUUGGAAUCAAAGGAACAAUUGGUUAUGCCCCUCCAGAGUACGGAAUGGGAAAGGUUGUGUGCAAAGAAGGGGAUGUGUACAGUUUUGGGAUACUUCUACUAGAGAUGUUCACUGGAAGAAGACCCACAGAUGAGAUGUUCAAAGAUGGUGUGAAUCUUUGUGAAUUUGUGAAGGGAGCGAUUCCAAGUGGAAUACUAUCAGUAUUGGACCCCUCGAUGUCGCUUCCGGUAGCGACACGUGGAGGCGAGGGAGUAACAGGGACCUGGGAAACAUAUUUUGUUGAUGGAAAUGGCAUCGAAGUUGAGGAGCUGGCUCUGAUGGAAAGUGCGACGAACUGUUUGGUUUCAGUGCUUGAAAUCGCUUUGAGUUGUGCUAGUGAGUUGCCAAGAGAACGUACAAAAAUAGCUGAUGUUGCCAAACAACUUACUUCUAUUCGAGAUGAUUUUGCAGCUUCAUUCCAUGUUCGACGAGGCAGGCCGGAUAGAGGGUGAUCAAUUGGUUUGCUUAGGUAAACUGAGGGGCAAUGGUCAAACUCUAGAUUCACUUUCCUUUUUUUUUGUGGCUUUCCUUUUCUUUAUAGUCAACUCCAUAAAAAGCUUCAAAAGGAUAAAAAUUGAAAGCGAAGCGAAGAAACUAGGGCGGCCAAGCGGUUCAGAAGUAGCUCGACGUUCGAUUCGAGAAUAGCUCGUUUGAUUUCAGAAAAAGCUCGACUCGUUUAUUAAUGAGCCAAGUUUGAACUAGCGCUAAGCCUUGUUGUGCUUGUGAGGCUCAUAAGCUAGCUCGAUUAGAUGGCUUGUUGAACUCAACUCGCGAACUAUCACG